GUCAAACCGUAAAAAACUAUAACAUCAUAAUAAUAUAAUUAUACGGAAGUGUAAAUUGCGGAAAUUAAAAACGACUACCUAUUUUGUGAUAAUAUAAAAUAAACAAUAAAUACUGUUAUUCAUAAUAAUAUUUUAAAUAAGAGAAGUUGAAUUGUUAAUUUCAUCGAACAUGUAUUUUUUAAGUUGAGAGGUUAUGUCCGUGUGGAUAUCUUAAUUCUUGGUCCAGUCUUAUAGGACUAAUAAUUAUGGAGUCGCCGGUUUCUGCUUUUGCUGUAUACAAAAGCAAUAAAAAGGAAACGAAGCCUAAAAAGAAAAAUCGCAAAAAUAAAAAUAAAAUACCGGUAUCACCACAAGUACUAAGAAAGGAUUUCAGUGAAGAUGUCAUGAAAGAGAUCGGUAUAAAACUAAAACAAAAACAGAAAAAAAAUAAAGAACCGAAAAAUAUUGCAAAGAAAAAGCUACAUAAAAAGAAGAAAUCUAAAAAACCGGUGAAAAAAAUUAAUGGUAAUGUUGAAAAAUUGGAUUUAAGCAAUCGAAGUACCGACAGUGAUGAAGCUCCAGAACUAGAGUUAGAGUCGUUGGAGCCUAGAAAAAAUCUAAUUGAAGUACCCAAAUAUGAUGAUGAAAGUGGCUCUCAUGAGAGCGAUGGAAGCAUUGAGUUUAACCCCGUGCAAACGGACAGUGCUGAAGAAGGAAUGAAGGUAUUUAAAUGGAUGAUAGCACCCUUUGAUCCUGAUGAAUUCCUAAAGGUAAUGUGGGAAAAGAAACCACUACAUAUUAUUAGAAAAAAACCUAAGUAUUACAGUGAUAUUAUAUCGACACCAGCCAUUGAUAUAAUGUUGAGAACGGAAAACAUCCAGUUCACUAAAAAUGUUGAUGUAACAUCAUACGUUGAUGGAAAGCGAGAAACUCAUAAUCCAGAAGGUAGGGCUCAUCCUCACGUGGUUUGGGACUAUUAUUUAAAUGGCUGUAGCAUUAGGUUACUGAAUCCCCAAACAUAUAUUUCUCGGUUACAUUUACUCAAUGCUACCCUUCAAGAAUUCUUCAAUUCGUUCGUUGGGGCUAAUGCAUAUUUAACGCCUCCAGACAGCCAAGGCUUCGCACCACAUUAUGAUGAUAUUGAGGCAUUUAUUCUACAGGCUGAAGGUAAAAAACAUUGGCGUAUUUAUAGGCCUAGAGAAAAUAAUGAAGAAUUACCUAGAACAUCAUCAAAGAAUUUUACGGACGAUGAAAUAGGAGAACCUGUAUUAGAAGUCACUUUAGAAGCUGGUGAUAUGUUAUAUUUUCCCCGUGGUUUCAUACACCAAGGGAUCACUGUAGACGGGGAGCAUUCUCUCCACGUAACUAUAAGUAUGUAUCAGAAACAUGCAUGGGCUGAUCUUUUUGAAAAGUUGAUACCUGCUGCAUUACAAGAAGCUAUUAACGAAAAUGUAGAAUUCAGACAGGGUUUGCCAUUUGAUAUUUAUGAUAAUUUUGGCCUUGUACACUCUGAUGUAAAUACACCGCGUAAAACUGAAAUAGAAAAAAUAAUUAAGAAUUUAUUUGAUAAAAUUAAAGAUCAUUUGCCAAUAAACGAGGCCGUAGAUCAAAUGGUCACGAAAUACCAACAAGAUGCUCUACCUCCGGUAUUAAGUGAUUUAGAAAGAGCUGUAACAGUAUACGGUGAUACCGAUGUAAUGAUAGAAAAUGGAAGAGUAACAAAUAGAGUUGAAAUUAGUUUAGACACUAGAAUAAGAUUACUACGUAAGAAUAUUUUGAGAAUGGUUACAGAAGAUUGCAUUCGAGUGUACUAUCACACUGAAAACUCUUUAGAAUAUCAUGGAAAUGAACUGACAUACUUAGAAAUUGAUGAGGAGAUGGCACCGGCGAUAGAGACCCUAAUUACUGCAUAUCCUGAAUAUGUUUCAGUUGAGAAUUUAGACGUGCCUGAUGAUUCAAGCAAAUUGCAAGUUGCUGAAACUUUAUGGAGCAGGGGAUUGAUCAUGACUGAGUAUCCUCUUGAAAAUAUAGAUGAUGAUUAAAAACUCGAUUUGUAAUACUUCAUUAAAAUGCGUAAACUUUUAGAAA